AUGGACAAUACAUUUCAACUCAAUGAUGUUGAUUUGGGUGAUGAUUCCCUCACUGCCGACCCUACUCCUGGAUCUAGUGUGUCUGCUAGCACUGAAUGCACACCAAAUGAACAUGUUAAUCUGAUUUCUCUUGUUGUUGUUGAAUCUGGGGCUGGGGCUGGGGCUGGGGCUGGGGCUGAGGGUGGGGCUGGGUUGAAGUGUAAUUGGUGCAAGAUGUUGUUUUCUAUAGGGAAAUCUAGUAUUACCUCCACCCUUAGUAGGCAUUUAACUGCUUGUAUGAAGUUUGUGGAGGUGAAUAGCCUUAAGAAGCAAAAGACUUUGUCAUUUGAACCUAGUGAUGACAUUGAUGGUUUAGGGACCUUGACAAACUUUACUUUCAAUGAGAAGAAAGUUAGAGAACUUGCUGCCCAUAUGGUACUUCUACAUGAAUAUCCCUUUAACAUGAUGGAGCAUGAACUUUUUAACAAGUUCAUGAGGGCUUGUACACCAUACUGGAAAAAAAUUAGUCGUGCCACUGUAAAAAGUGAUUGCAUUGCCACUUAUAACAUUGAAAAGAAAAAGUUGAAAACACUUCUAAGUGGGAUUGAUAGGGUAAACAUAACUACUGAUAUGUGGGCCUCCUCCCAAAGGGUUUCAUAUAUGGUGGUUACUUGCCAUUUUGUAGAUUCUAAUUGGCUACUCCAAAAGAGGAUUUUAAAUUUUUGUAAUGUACCUCCACCACAUUCGGGUGUUGUUAUUGCUGAAGCCUUAAGGAACAGUUUUAUUGAAUGGGGCAUUUUGGAUAAAGUAUUUAUAAUAACUGUUGAUAAUGCUAGUGCUAAUGCUACUGCCAUUGACAUUUUGAGAGAUGAUAUUGAGUUGAAGGGUAGUUUGCCUAUUGGGGGGCUUAUGUUUCAUGUUAGGUGCUGUGCUCAUAUUACUAAUUUGUUGGUGCAAGCAGGGCUUUUAGAAAUAGGGGACAUAAUAGAUUCUGUUAGGCAGGGGAUUAAGUAUAUAGUGGCUUCUGAGAGGCGGUUGAAUUUAUUUAGUGAUAUAGCAAAGCGUUUGGACUUGGGUUGUAAUAAACUUAUUUUAGAUGUUCCUACCCGAUGGAAUAGCACCUACUUGAUGUUGAAGACUACAAUUAGGUUCAAGGAAGUGUUUCCUAGAUACCAUAGAGUAGAGCGGGCUUUUCUGUGGGUGGUAAGUCCUGAACAAUGGGAUAAGGUUGAGAAUGUGAACCAAGUUUUAGUUGUUUUCAAUGAUGUGACCAAUGUUGUCUCUGGAAGUGACUAUCCUACAUCCAAUCUGUUUCUACCUGAGGUGUGGAGAAUGAAAGCAAUUGUGAUAUUAAGUCUGCGGAUAGGAAUGAGUAUAUAA